AUGAUGCCCGCCGCCCACUACCCUCCGCAGCCUCACCCUCCUCCAACCCACCCGGCCCAUCCGCUGCACCAGCUGCAGACCCAGGCCGCCCACCACCAACACCAGCCGCCGCCGCCGCACCAGCAGCAGCCGCACCAGCCCCAGCCGCCCGACCCCGACGACCACCACGACCACCGCCGCCAAUCCCACCAGCAGCAGCAGCAGCAUCAGCAUGCCAAUGCCCCGCCCGACCUCGACAUCCCCACCCCCCGCGAGGGCAGCACCUACGCCGACUUCGAGGCCCUGCGCUUCGCCGUCAACAGCUGGGCCCUGCGCGACAAGUUCCUAACGCGCAUCCACAAGAAGGACCAGACGCGUGCCAUCUACCAGUGCCGCCACUUCCUGCAGGGCUGUCCGUGGAAGCUGCGCGCCACAAUCAACAAGGACACGGGCGUGCUGACCGUGUCGUCGGUCGUCGCCAACCACACCUGCACCCGCGACGUCUACGAGGAUGCCGACGGCAAGCCCAAGUACGCGAAGCGCGGCGUGCAGCACACCCAGCGCUGGGUCAAGGAUGUCAUCCAACGCGCCGCCUUCCACGUCUCCCUGGACACGGAGCCGCGCGCCAUUGUCGACCUGAUUCGUGAGCGCUUUGGCGAGGAGAUCACCGAACGCCUCGCCGCCAAAUCCAAGCAGAGUCUUCUCGAGGCUCGCGGCGAGGCCAUACCCCGCCGUCCCAGCCACAAGCAGCCUGGCGCCGGCCCCAACAACACCGACCUGGUCGACCGCCAACGCGACUUACAAGCCGCAAUGGAAGAGUCGAGGCGUGUGGAUCGCUUGGCCCGCGAGCAGCAGGCGGUGCAGCAGCAGAGCGUGUCAAUGCAGGCGGUGCAGCAUCAGCAGAACCUGGUGGCUCAGCAGCAGCAGCAGCAGCAGCAGCAGCAGCAACAACAACAACAACACCAUCACCAACAGCAACAACAGCAGCAGCAACAGCAGCAGCAGCAGCAACACCACCACCAGCAACAACAACAACACCACCAGCAACAGCAGCAGCAGCAGCAACAACAGCAACAGCAACAGCAGGCGCUGACUUUUGAUCUUAACGGGCACGAUAUGAACGGGGACCCGAUGCCAUCCGCCUCUGCGCAGAACCAGAAUGAACGUCCCUUUGUUUUCGAGAGUGGUGUGCGCGUUAUCGGGCCCGCAAGUCCGCCGCGCACAUCGCAGCGUCGCCAAACCAUGCCUGCCACCUCCUCCCUCUCUGCCACAGACUAUUCCUCUUACAACACGUCCAACAGUACCAAUGGCUUUGGCAACCUAGUUGGCAAUGCGGGCCCCGGUCCGUCCGCAUCCACGGCUUCAAGCACGACCGGCCGGGCUUCUGCGCUCCCCGUGUCACCUGCCAUAGUCGAGCCACCGCAGCUGCAGCGUCCCUGUCCGAAUUGCUCUGGCUCGGGCAUGGUGCGGGCCAAUGCGCCCAACAAUAGGACCGGUGGCGGCAACGAGGAAGAGACUGAUGAACUAUCUCUGCUGCAGAAGCAGGUUCAUAUCAUAGGAAAGCAGAUAGCGCUGAUGCAGCGGCGUCGUGCUAACGGCGCUGGUUGA